AUGGUUCUCAAGCUGCACGGAUUCCCUCUGUCUACCUGUACCAACCGGGUGCGCGUCGUAUUGGAGGAGAAGGGGGUCCAAGUCGAGUUCAUCCCAGUUGAUCUAUUAACGGGAGAGCAGAAGUCUGAAUCAUACCUUAAUGAGCUGCAUCCUUUUGGCAAAGUUCCCGUUUUCCAGGACACUGAGACCGGUGUUCAGAUCUUUGGUGAGUUGUACCACUAUGUCAUAUUCGAUCGAGCCCUUUCUGUUGAACAGUCUUACUUCGACCCUAUCGCCUCGCAAAUCGCAUUUGAGAAGGUUUUCAAGCCCCGAAAGGGCCUUGGCGCCACCGAUGAAGCCCGAGUACAAGCUCUCCUCGCUCAGCUCGAUGUCACACUGCAAGGCUACGAACGUAUCCUUUCGAAGCAGCCUUACCUUGCCGGAGACAAAGUGACCCUCGCCGAUCUCUACCACCUGCCCUAUGGAGCCAUGGCGGAGAGCCUUGGUGCCGCAGAAUUAUAUGACAAAUACCCAGCGACUAAGAAGUGGUGGGAAGGCCUGAAGGCCAGAGAAUCCUGGAAGAAGGUUACUUCUUCAAGCCCUGUUUAA